AGUGCAGCAGCCCUUCGUAAGCAGGGGGCGCAGGCGGGCGCAGAGCUGAGAGCAUUGAUUGAACUGUGGAAGAAGGAGCCUCUCAAGCGGGGCGAACAAUUGACCUGCAAGGGAUUUGUUCCCUACCGUAUGUCUUGGAAGUGACAGUGCUGCUUCUGGAGGGAUUUGACCUCCUCUAUGCAAACAACGCAAUGCUGCGAUCCGAGGGUCCCAAGCUGAGCUCGAAACCUAACCACAACCCCUCUUCUAGGAAUGGUCAAUCUGUGGGGACUCAGGAAAUACGUUCAAGGUUCGUACGUUUGGUAACACAGAGGCCCCUCGUCUGGUGCCAAAGCAAGAAUGCACGUUUGAGCUUUUCAAAAGCCUGCCAUCAAGCUGGACACUGCCCCUCAUUGAGAAGUACAGAUCCGGCGCAGUCAUUUGAUUCAGCAUUACUAGGUGUUUCAAAGCUGAGGCCCAUGCGGGGCAUUGUUUACAACCCUGUCAAGACCAGCAAAAGGUCCACGGCUGUGAUGGUGAAGCAUGAAGAUGCCGCUACCGGGCAGGGGAUGCAGGAUAAUGUCAAGUUUUACACGCACACACUCUGUCCGUACGCUCAUCGGGUGGCCCUCACUCUGAUUGAGAAGGGUGUGCAGGCUGAGACUAUUCACAUUGACCUCUCCAACAAGCCGGCGUGGUACCGGAAGGUCAACCCAAGGGGCCUGGUACCUGCACUAGUACAUGGUGGGAAGACUCUUACGGAGAGUCUGGACCUUUGCCAGUAUGUGGAGGAGCAGUUCCCUGGGCCGGCGCUUGUGCCGGCCACGACGGAAGAAAGGAGAGAAGCGGAGCGGCUGAUUGGCCGCUGCGAUCAGUUUGUGUCCGCGGGCCUCCAGUUCCUGUCUGAUCCAAGCAGCGGUUCCUGGUCUCUUCCCGGAGGUCAGAUCCCAGUUAAGAAAACGGGAUCGGAGGUAACAGCUUUUGAGCGCGAGCUCGUCUGGUUGGAGGAGACCCUGCAGAGGCAUGGGGGCCCGUUCUUCAUGGGCGUCAAAAUAACGCUGGUCGACCUUGUAUACUUCCCCUUCGUCGACCGUUUCGCUCUUGCCGGCCCCGCCUUCGUAGAUUCUAGCGUGUGUGCUCUCUUUGGGAGGGGGGCGCUCCAGAUGUUCUUGAAAGGAAUUCGGGAAAGAGACUCGUACCGACUCACGUCAGCCGCUCCUUCGGAUCAUCUGGCAGGUUUAAAGAAGUAUAGGUCGUUGGACUACUUCGAUUAUGUGUCAGCGUCAAUGGAACGACCUUGUCCAUAAGCCUCACUUUUCUCGGAACCGGUUUGAUAAUCAAUGCUUCCCUAUUCUGUUUAGGCAUGCAUUGACGGAGAACUACU